GUCAUAAUUUGUGUUCUGAAGCCGGUUAAGAUCACAGCUUCUGGAGUUUCGUACCUCGUGAGGCAAUGCGGCACAACGUAACUGGUGGACGUAGUGAAACCAAAUCGGAUUUGAUUAAACGAAUAGCGAGUUAACCGAGCGACGACAGCACAUCUCUGCUGAUAAAGUGCACUUUUUAUUAAUGAGUUAAUCCGAUCGGAACCCAUGUGUACGACAUGCCGGUUUCAAAUCUUGGAAUUGAUAAGCCACCAGCUCCACCACGAAACUCUUGCCUGUGAGACACUUGUGGCCACCGCGAACGAAAUGUCCAUCGAUCAAGUAACUUCCGCCGUUCGCCACAGUCACCCAAAGCCAGUCGUGUCCGGAGGCGAGUGAAGCAAGCGCUCCUACAAACAGCAGGUGAUCGGUCCGAGGUACCGGCCGGCAGGUGGCUAGUUCGACUCCCGCCGACAAUGGCGGACCCCACCAUACAGACGUUCUGCUGCCACAACCGGAUACGGUCCCCGCCGGCCAUCAAGCUGAUGUCGGAGUUCGACACCGAUGGCUACAUCGUGGUGUGUUUGGUGUCGUCCGUUUUCGGCAUUGCCGGUGCCAUCUACCAGAUUUGGAUCCGACACGAAGAUGGACCGUCGUACCAUGCGGUGCGCCGGGUGCGCGGUGGAAUGCUGACGCUUUCGAGCCAAAACAUUGGCCGCCAGAUCAUCGUGUGGUUGGCGGUGGCUGACCUGUGCGCCUCGUUCGGCGUGUUCCUCCGGUCGGCACUGUGGAAAUACAUAAAAAAUGUCUUACCCCCGGACAGCGACGUGGACGACACCACGAACGUAAUCUUCUGUGCCGUUUCGUCCGCCUGGAUACAGUACUUCUACAUGUGCACGUGGCUUUGGACGCUCUGCUACGCGAUCAACGUGCGCAGGCAGCUUGGCGGUGCGCGGUACGCCCUGCGCACGUAUCACUACUACGUUUGGAGUAUCGCCGCGGUCCUCACCGGAAUCGGAGUGACGGUGCUCUAUGUGCCCGAUGCAGACUGCCACAAUGUGCAUGAAAUGGCCACGGCGUACAUGCGCAUACUGCCCAACUACGUGAUGACGUACGGGCCGAUGAUCGCCGUGAUGAUCGUAAACCCGGUCAUGUACUAUCAGGCAUCGGGGGAAGUCGACCGCCAGCUUGUGGCCCGUUUCAGCCAGAUGUCGAACACGGAGCGCGAUCUGAUGGCCAAGUUUAAGCUCAAGUUUUCGCUCAUCAACCUUGUGUUCUACGUUUGCUGGCUACCGAAUCUGGUCAAUGGGAUUGUUCUGUGGACGAUGUGGUAUGACCUGCCGUACGCGAUGGUCGUUACCGUUUGGUACAUAAUGGCCAUUACCAAUCCGCUGCAAGCGUUCAUGAACACACUGGUCUACCAAAAGUGGAACUGCCGGUGGCGACUCCGGCGGCAAGCGAGUACAGAUUGGAACGCUGACGUUAGGCGGCGCAAUCGGGCGUCAGUGGUCAGCGAAGGAACGCCACUGCUUCAGCCGAAAGCUGAAUCCCCGUCUACGUCCUCCCAGCAGCUGCACCAACCGUCGGUGGACCUAAUACCGAGUCCGACACGGAGCAUCAACUCGUGCUCGUUGGUUUGACGCCGAAUCUGUUACUUGCUCAAUCGCUCGGUCUACUAUUACCGCUCAAACGGAACUACACAUGGAGUUCGGAGCGACCGAUCCUUCUUCGGGCCACUGGAAGUCGACUUCGUGCACCGGCUCUGGAGGAAUUGGGCGUACAGCAGGAGUGUAUAUAAUGUAGCAGACGAACGUCCUACAAUGAUGCUGUAGCAUGUGGAUGGUACAGAAGAUUGAAUACUUUUCAAUUACUAUAAGUAACUUAAUUGUACAGCCUAAGAUAAACGGGAGAAUCGAGUAAAAACGGAUCACAAUCGAGAUCGUUAUGGGCGCAGUUUCCGAAAAUUGGCUAUGUGACCAGCAUUUCUAAAACACGUCACCAAGAACAAAUGGAAUGGAACGAAAAUUUCCCUAUACAGUAUUUAUAAUUUUUUCUUUAUUUCUA